GAAUGCGUCUAUGAUCAUGCUCAACUACGUCCACCACUUUGUAGCACUGUCGAUGUCGAAUCGUCCAUAGCCGAAUGGGAACAUCUGAAUACCGAACAAAUUAUGCACACCUAUGGACAGCUCAAGUACCAUGCUGUGGCAUCAAAUAAGUUGAUUGCAAAUCCAUUUGCAUUACGUUUCGAUGGCAAAGUUUUUCAAAAAAUCACUGAAAGGAUUCAACUUGUGGGAUUUAUAAUCCCUCACUCUCCACCGUUCAUCGCUGGUGAAUUACUCAGUCAUUCUUCUGAAGUGGGAAGUGCCCCGACUGGUUGGCGAAUGUUUUAUGUAUGUGCGCUUGCUCUGCCAAAAACACUCAACGAAGAGACUCGAACACCUGGGCACAGCGAGCCAGUAGAGUCUUCGGAAACGGCUAUCGGAGUGACGAUUAACGGCUCGAAUCUUCUCGAAUGCAAUUCUUCCGGCUGCACAACAGCGCCAGCAUCGGUCGAAUUUUCGGCACGAAAUCGGCUUCUCGUCCGAGUUGAUGGCGAUAUUGUACUGCUACAUCCGACUGCUUCACGAUCAGAACUUUUCCUGAAGGAAGCCCAGCUGACCGGAUCACUGCCAUGUCUGUAUCCAAUCGAGCCAUCAAAUUCGACCUGUGACGAAUUGGUGCCACCAGUUUGUGAGGGCGCCACAUCGCUUCGUGUGGCUGAACAGCUUCACGGUGAAUGGGUCUUGCAUGCGGCUGAUCCAACGUAUGUACUGAAUUGGAAGUGUCAAGUGAAACCGUAUGAAGUCGAUCAGCAUGAAUUCAUCUGCCAGAGUGAAGGAUGGUUUGGCGAAUGUGAACGAGAAACGCGAGCCAUCUUGACCGUGGACGCAUGGGGUGGAUUUCGGCUCACAUCGGAGUCACCACUCCACGUCCCUUCAGAAUUGAUGUCAUCCGGUAAUAUCUCUGUAACACCCGAUCGACUGAUUCUGAUACGUGACGGUGAUCUCGUUGGACGACGUUACAGUGUAUGGGUACGGCCCGACUAUGAACCUGGUAGUGAGUUAGCGGACGAGUUGUCACGAUUUUGUAUUUGGCCAUUGCCCGCACAGACAUGUACCCGUGUAUCAAACUGCUAG